AUAACAUUUUAUAUUUUAGAUGAGUACUGUAAUGUCUUCACCGAUAAAAGUCUUUCUAACAAACGUCGAGAAGCAUGGAGAUCAACCGUUUGAUAUUUCGGAGAUGUGUAAAAAAUUGGUGUUUGAUAUUGUCUGUUCAUCAGCAUUCGGUGUAUCCACAAAUGUUCAAAAUAAUGAAACUAGUAAAUUUGUUGAAUCCGCUAACGCUGCACUUUCAGCUGAUUCUGCUGAUAUUUUAGCUGCAAUAACAAUUUGCUUUCCGGAAAUGGGACCAAUAUAUACGUUUCUUCGAUGUAAAAUAGAUAGUUUAAAGUACAUGCUAAAUCUACCUUCUGUGACGUUCAUUUAUGAAACGUGUCAAAAAAUCGUCACCUCCAGGAAGAAAUUAGAAUCUCCUCCACCAGAUUUGCUGCAGACAUUGAUCGAUGCCGAAGAUGAGACUCUUGUAGAAAUGAAAAAACUUCCAGAUAAUUUUGUUAUUGCAAAUGCGAUGUUGUUUAUGGCGGCUGCAUAUCAAGGAACAAGUUCUACAAUAGGAUUGUGUAUUAAACAUCUCGCUCGUAAUCCUGACAUACAAGANUAUUUUUAUUAUUAUACGCUAUGUGUUCUAUGCAUUACACAAAAUAAAGUACAUAAAAUUCGAUUGUUUAUAUAUAAUACACUACUCUACAAUAAUGAACCGGACAAGUUCGGUGGUGGUGGUGGUGGUAAUGGUGGUGUUCUUCUUUGGGGGUAUUUUUCGUUGUAUGGCCCGGGUCCUUUGCAUGCUGUUCCUGGUUUACUUCUUACGCUUUGGCAAUUUUAUGGAAUGGACAAAUGUUACUUCCAGAAAGACAAUGCUCCAAGUCAUGUUGCAGCUUCUGUCAAGCAGUGGUAUCAAGAUACGGAAGUCAAUCAUCUUCCCCUGUUUGCUCAGAGACCGACCUAA